CUCUCCUCUCUCUCUCUCUCUGUGUUUUCUGCCCUCCUUUUUGAGGUGCCACACAUCUUACCUCCUUAAUUUCUUCAAAUCUUCAUGUUUUUUGAUCUGGGUUUCUUGUUUUUUCCUUUUUAGAUCUUUCUUAACUCUUCAAAGUCUCCAUUUUUUCCUCUAGUUUUCAUUUUGCUAAUCAACUAACUCUUAGAAAGAGAAAACCCCAUCUGGGCCUUACUCUCUUUUUAGUUUCAAUGCUUCCCUUUGCAGAUUCAAAGUAAUGGGUUUCUUGUUAAAGAUGCAAAUACGCUUUGUUUCACAUCAGGAGAAAAGGAAACAAAUCAAAAAAGCUAUCAACUGAGUCUAAUAUGGCUUUCUAGCAUCAUUGAAUUGAAUAUUUCAUCUUUAAUCCCUUAUAAGAAAAAAAAGGGUUCUUUCCUGCAAUCGAGUGGAGGAGAGUUUUCCUAUUUGUAUGAGUAUUCUAUAGUUGACCUUUGAAAUUAUGGGUAGAGGUAGAGGAAAGGGAAAGAAGUUGACCGUUAGCAAUCAUGAGGACCCCGGAAGUGGUGAGGAAGAGAAAAUUCCAGCACAAAAAAGAAGGGGAAGGCCACAAAAACCACUAAAGGAUGAUAUUGAUGAAGAAGAAGCUGAGAAAAUAGAAGAGGAGGAUGGUGAGAACGGAAAAGCUGGUAUUGUGAGCAAAGAAAUAAAAAGUCCCACUGCAACAGAGAAUGGAAAGAAGAGGAAGCGUAACUCACAGGUCAAAGAGAAGUCAGAUUCAGUCAAAGAGGAAAAUGGUAUUGGAACCAGGUCAAGUACUGAUGACUCAACUAAGUCGAAUGGAUUUCGGCAUAAUGGAAGCAGGAGGAAAAACAAACCCCGUCGGGCUGCUGAAGCAGUCGUUGAAUGCAAGUAGGGUUGUGGUUGGCUAUUGCACUCAGUCUCAUCCCUUAUGUGUUGCCUGAUAAGUGACAGGAUGGGAAGUGAGUCCUAGUGCUCUCUCAUUUCAAAUUUUUUUUCCCUUUUUGGUCUGUUUUCUAAUUUUUUACAAUUGCGUAUCUUUAAUUUGUUCUUAUUUCACGCGGGAGUUUUGGAGCUGAUUUUGCUGGUUGUAAUUUUUGAUAAUGCUAUUAUAUUUUAUAUCAUUUCUUGUUUCUUGUAUUA